AUGUCCUACCCUUUAUGCCAGUGCGCGAGCUCCGUGCAGGAAACUGAAUUGUAGGUGAUGAUGGCGGAAGGAGAGCAGCGUUGAGUUGUCUCUGAGUUUUUAUUCUAACUGUAGAAACCUCUACUACAUCGUUUCUCUCCUCCUAAUCAUCUCCCAAAACGAUGGGGAAUGAAGGCAGCAUCGAGGGAGAGGGCCAGCCCGGCUCCACUGUUCCUUCUGCGAGUGCUCCGACUUCCAUUUCAGCACCAGCGGGCUCUGGACAGCUCAUCAAGCCCAGCAAUGGUGCGCCAACAGGAGGUACAGGGACCGGACUCGGCCCGGGGAUUAACAGUGUCUCUGGAAGAUACCCCCAGCCAGACCCUGGGUCCAGCCCCAAGGCGGAGGUUCAGACUGGGCCUGGUACAGGGGACCGCCUGGCAUCCAAGGGGGAGCAGCAGGGCCACGCCGCCCGUAAGAAUCUCCAGGUGGACGUGGGUAGUAGCAGGAUGGGACGUUCCCCGUCGGUGUCCCCCGCCAUCACCCCCACCUCCCCCUACUCUGUGCCCCAGAUCGCCCCCAUGCCCAGCAGCAAGCUGUGCCCCGUCUGUAAGACGGCUGACCUGACGGGCACCACGGAGGACAACCAGCCAAACUGCAGCACCUGCACCCAGUGCCGAUCCACGGUGUGCAACCAGUGUGGCUUCAACCCCAACCCGCACCUCACCGAGGUCCAGGAGUGGCUCUGUCUGAACUGCCAGAUGCAGAGAGCUUUGGGAAUGGACAUGGAGACACCUCGCUCCAAGAGUCAGCAGCAGAUCCACUCUCCGUCCCACCAAGCCAAACUAGAGCCCAUCUCUGAACCUCAAACUCAGCCCCCACCCCAGUCCCAAGCCCAACCUCAGCCCCAGUCCCAGUCCCAAGCCCAACCUCAGCCCCAGUCCCAAGCCCCACCUCAGGCACAGCCUCUAACCCAGCACCAGGCUCUGACACAAGCCCAGCCCCCAUCAGGCCCUAACAGACAGACUGGUCCAGGCCCAGGCCAGACCCCUCAGCAGCAGAGAGGUCCAGGGGGUCCAGUUCCAGCCCAGGGCCAAGGUCAGGGUGGGGCUCGUCUCCCCCCAGGAGCCAUCCCUCUCCCAGGCAUGGCCAAAGCCCCGUCCCAGCCUGACCUCCGUGGCCUUCCCGCCCACCAGCCCCUGCCCCUCCGCCAGGACCACACCCGCAGCGCAGGGAGCUCCCCAUCCCGCCAGCCCCCGCCCCCGGCCGCCGCCCCCGAGCAGACCUUUGGAAAGCUGUUUGGAGGCUUUGGUGGCUUCGGUGCGUCCCUCCUCAACCAGGCCAGCACCCUCAUAUCAGUGGACCCGGUACCCACCCCGCCCCAGCAGCAGCAACAUCCCCCCAUACCUGCCCCUAAACCAGUCGGACCCCAAGAACCUGCAGCUGGGGCAGGGAAACCACCAGGACCCCAUCCAGGCCAACAGGGCCUCCAUGCACCCCAACAGGGAUCCCAUGCACCCCAACAGGGCCUCCAUGCACCUCAACAGGGACCCCAUGCACCCCAACAGGGACCCCAUGCACCCCAACAGGGACCCCAUGCACCCCAACAGGGACCCCAUGCACCUCCCCAGCAGCAGCAGCAACAGCAGCAGGAUAAAGGUGCCUGCUGUCCCCUGUGUAAGACCAGUCUGAAUGUGGGCGUGACGGCUCAACCACCCAACUACAACACCUGUACCCAGUGCCACGCCCAGGUCUGCAACCUGUGUGGAUUCAACCCUGCACCGCACCUGGAAAAUAAAGAAUGGCUCUGCCUGAACUGCCAGACCCAGAGAGCUUUGUCUGGGGCCCUGGGAGAUGCUCCACUUCCUGUUCCUCAGCCAAUGGGAUCCCCACGGCACUCAGCUCCAGCCAAUCAACAACAGCCUCAGCAGAGAGGGCCCAAUCAGCAGGCAGGGUUACGGCCCACUGAUCCUCAUCAGCAACAAAAACCACUGGGUGCCCAAGUAAGUGGCCCUCCUUUCUCCCCUGCCAAACAGAGCAAGGGGCCUGCCCAACCCUCCCCUGCCAAGGUACAACCCUCCCCAGGUAAGAGUGCACACUCCCCUGCUAAAACAGCCCAGCCCUCCCCUGCCAAGGGUGCACCCUGCCCCACUAAAACAGAUUCCACCCCUGCUAAGGGCACACCCUCCCCUGCCAAACAGAUAGGACCCACUGCCCAGAGCAAGGGUCCUGCCCAGCCCUCCCCAGCCAAGGGUGCACUGUCCUCUGCUAAAACAGCAUACACCCCUAACAAGUGCACACCCUCCCCUGCCAAACAGACAGGACUCACUGCCCAGAGCAAGGGUUCUGCCCAGCCCUCCCCUGUUAAAGUUGCAUCCACCCCUACCAAGGGUGCACCCUCUCCUGCUAAGAGUGCACCAACUCAACCUAAACCCAACAAGCAGGCCGGUAAACAGCAGCAGGGCCUGGAUAAAACUAAAGUCGUCCCCAAAACUCAUAAGGAAAAUGAAGCCAAAGCCUCGCCCAGGAAGGGAGCACCUGAAGCCAUCACCACAUCAAAAGAUGAAAAGAAGAAACCCGUUGAAGAUUCACAGAAGUCAAAACACCAUGACGAUUCCAACAAGUCCAGCACACAGAGCCUCAGUGACACGGGAUACUCCUCAGAUGGGAUCUCCGGCUCCGUGGGUGAGAUCACAGGCCAUAUCCGUGAGGAUCCGGGGUUAAAGCUGAGUGAACGUAGCCUCUCCAGCCCCUCUGAGAUCACUAAGCUAGAGAGCUCCAUGCGGCCACUGCUAGAGUCCAAGUCCAAGACCGCUACAGACCAGGGCGGGGAGAACAACUCUGACGGGGAGGUGUCGGACGAUCUCAGCUCCAAGCUGCGCCACGACUAUGUGGAGGACAGCAGCGAGAGUGGUCUGUCCCCCUUACCGCCCAGGCAGAAGAAGUCCCAUAAAGAAAUGACAGAUGAGGAAUUCAUGAGGAGGCAGAUCAUGGAAAUGAGCGCUGACGAGGACGAGAUGGAGGAGGAGGAAGGGUACGGCUACCAGAAAACGAAAAACAAAAAGGAGAAACGACGGAGCCUCACCCACCAUUCCAGUAGUUUUGAGGAGGACACCAAGGGGGUAGAUGGUGAAGACAAUGAAGGUAUGAUGGCUUCCCAAGGAGGCCUGCGGCGGUUUAAGACCAUUGAGCUGAACAACUCAGAGCAUGACCUCAGAGAGCCAGAGCUGGAGAUGGAGAGUCUGACUGGAUCACCAGAAGAGCGGUCGAGGGGGGAGUAUUCAUCUACCCUCCCUGCCACAACUCCCAGUUACACAUCUGGCACGUCCCCUACCUCCGUGUCCUCCAUGGAGGAUGACAGUGACAGCAGCCCCAGCCGUAGGCAGAGACUGGAGGAAGCCAAGCAGCAGAGGAAGGCUCGCCAUCGCUCCCACGGCCCACUCCUGCCGACCAUCGAGGACUCAUCCGAGGAAGACGAGCUGAGAGAGGAAGAGGAGCUUCUGAGAGAGCAGGAGAAGAUGAGAGAUCUGGACCUGCAGAGGAUCCGCAGUACAGCCAGGAAAACCAAGAGGGACAAAGAGGAGCUAAGGGCCCAGAGACGUAGAGAGAGAUCCAAGACUCCUCCCAGCAACCUCUCGCCCAUCGAGGAUGCAUCCCCGACAGAGGAGUUGAGACAGGCAGCAGAGAUGGAGGAGCUCCACAGAUCCUCCUGCUCCGAGUAUUCCCCUUCCAUGGACUCAGAGGCAGAGGGCUUUGAAAUGAUGGGCUCCAAGCUCUACAAGUCAGGAAGCCACCACAACCUACCCACCUUCAUGUCUCUCUACUCCCCCACUGAAAAACAUACUGCCACUUCACCGUUGGACAAGACACUGAAAAGUGCAGAGGAGGUGUAUGAAGAAAUGAUGAGGAAAGCAGAGAUGUUGCAGCAGCAGCAGAGACAGCCAGGAAGGCCAGGCCAACAACAAGGAAGUCCGCAAAGGCAACCGGCUGGGGCACCUCAGCCUAGCAGCAAACAACAUCUAGGCACUGGAGCACCUCUAACCCCUGGCUCCAGCCCCACACAAAUCUCUGCACCUGUUUCCUUCUCCUCAAACGAUCUACGUGGGGCUGGAAAAGGGGCCCCACCAGGAAUCAGUGUGAAACAGCAUCUAUCGAAAGAAACCCAAGACCGGAUGAGGACGCAGACUGCCAAAAUAGGGGGUGUUAUCCCCCCAGUGGCUGGAAGACCAGGUCCUCAGGGACCAGCACAGGGGGCGCCUCCUCCUGACUCUGGAGCGCCCUCCAUCGCAUCCUCCCUCUUCUCCUAUUUCAAAGGCCCCAGUCCUCCUGUUUCCCCUUCCCCCUCUCCCUCACAGAGUCCAACUCAUUCCCUGUCCCUACGACCUACAGGGCCUGGGGUGUCCCCACAACAUUCUCAGCCUGGCGCUGGUGGCGCAACCUCCCCAGUACCACCGCAACAACAUGAUGCCCAGAUGUCUCGAAGAACAGCAUCGCCACGCCUUGCAAGACAACAGUCCUCCUCCGACUCACCAGUAAUGGGGAUAACGCUGGGCUCUAAGACCACCACCAGUCCUGCCAGGCCUCUGACUGUAAACUCCUCCACUUCUCCCCUGUCCUCGCCAACACAGGCUAUCCGUCAACCCAUGUAUCAGCAAUAUAUUCCUUCAACAAGCUCUCCAACGUCCCCACAAAUGCAUCUAUCGCAACAAUCCCCUCAACAUGGUUUACAGAGGCCCCAAAAUGCAGAGAAGGUUAAUAUUGGUAUAAGCAGGACAAUGACAACCACAGCUGCCACAUACAGUCGUGGGUCAAUAUCAAUGGAAAAUAUCUCCCUAUGUAGGAUCUCCAAUGUCCCAGGUACCUCUAGGGUCGUAGAGCAGGGCCAAAUGCAAAUGCGUCCGACUGGACAUGCAUCUGUAGUGGACCUGAGAGCACCAAUGAAGGCCUCCCCAAUCAUCAUGACAGACCAGGGCAUGGAUCUAACAUCUCUGGCAACUGAUACAAGAAGGUAUUCUCUUGAUGCUGAACAACCCCCCAACCAUCACAAAUCGGUGCAGCCACUGAAUGCUGCCAUGAACCUGAAUGCACAAGAGCAGCCGCAUGUUUCGGCGUCCACUCCAACAACAGUCAGCAUCACCGUGGCAGCCUCCAUGUUUAUAUCACAGCCGAAGGGGCAUCCAGUGAUUUACGGAGAUCCCGUGCAGAACCGUAUGGAUCUGGGGCAAGGCGUUGGGUCAGCAAUGUGUCUAACACAAACUAAGCCACCCAUUACUGACCCGUCCAUUCCUAAGAUUGAUGCGUGUCUGGAGGAUCUGGGCAUCCAGCAGCAGCAGCUCCAGAUGCAGCAGCAGAAGCUCCUACAGCAACAACAGCUCCUCGAGCAGCAGCUUCAGCAGCACCAGCAGUCUUCCUUUGCUCGCUAUAACCUAGCGAACCAGGUCCAGCCGCUGUUGCUGAAGAAAGACCUGGUGGUUAGCCAGACGAGCAGUGGCAGUGCCCAGCCUGUGGUCAGUGUGAUUCCUAGAGUAUCUCCCAUGCCGCCCCUGCCAGCGCCUAUAGUUCUACCUCCCUCUAACAAUCAUCAUGACUAUGGUCAGAGUGGGCUUGCCUUGGAGUUGAAGAACAAGCCCACAGUAAUGAACCUGUCCACGGGAAAGCCCCAUGUCAUGAUGGUCCAACUGGAAGAUAGCAAUGCCUCUCAGAUGGCCACUGUGACUCAGCUGGUCAAAGAGCCUCCUCCUCCUCCCCAGGUCCUGGAUCUCACUGGUGGACAGAUACAGAAACCAGAGAACCAGGUGGCUUGUUGUGACGUUGUUUACAAGCUACCCUUUGCUGGUAGCUGUGCAGGUAACUUAACUCAGAAAAAGUCUACCACUGAAUCUUCCCAAAUCACUCUUCCACCCCCUGCCCAACACUACAGUGUAGGCCAGCAGCAGCAGAAACAACAACAACAACAGCCACAACAACAGCAACAACAACCACCACCUGGUAAUAAUGGCUACCAGGCAGCAAGCAUGCAAGGAGCACCAGAUGAGCCUAAACCGAUGCAGGGAGUCCCUCUAUACCCUAUACCCCCUGGAGGCAGUCUUCAACCUUCCAUGUCUGACACCGACAUGUCUAAUACAGGUCUUCAGUACUAUCAGAGGACUAACCCUGGGGACCUGGCAGUGGAUCUGAGCACCAUGAAUCAGGCCUACGAAGGAGGAUAUCUUGGCAUGGGUGCGCAAUACGGAUCCUACACAGACUUACGUCAUCAAGGAGAUGUUGCAGGGCCUCCCUUGCCCCUGCGAAGGUACGGCUCCAUGUCCAACAUCAACCAAGACUACGGCUAUAGUCAGGCAGGUUUACCGGACGCAAACCUGGCACAGUAUAGUGCCACUACGGCCCGGGAGAUCAGCCGAAUGUGUGCAGCUCUGAACUCAAUGGACCAGUUCGGUCAACGGUACAGCAACCCUGAGAUGAUGCAGUAUGUUUCUGGAAGUGGAGCAGGGCCUGCAGCCAGGCUCAACCUACAGCAAAGCUUAGCAUCAAUCCGAGCCAACCUACUCUAUGGCCCUGAUGGGAGGCCCACUGCACACGGCCAAGCCCUAACCAAUCUGAUCAAUGCUAGACAAGCAAGCAUACGGGCCUUAUAUCCAGCUGCAAUGAGAGGAGCUGACAGUAUGACAUAUUCCACCAUCAACACCCCAAUAGCCUCUACCUUGCCAAUAACCACCCAGCCCUCCUCUGUUCUGCAACCCAUGCCACAAGGAAUAUACCAACCUUACCCUGCAGGCGUGACCACUGUACCACUGGCGAGCCUCACCAGGUUGCCUAAUAUGACCCCAAAGAUGCCUCUGUCCACACAGGGACAUUACGGUUACCCUCCUCCCAACCAGUUCCCUACAACGGCUGGUGUUCCUGGAAGUGUACCUGCCACCUGCAACUCCACCAAGGAAGCUCCUGUCUACCUUGGGAAGCCUUCUGCAGCCGUCUCUGUGCACACGGCUGCAACCUUACCACUGGCCCAGCCAAUUUCUCAUAUGAGUGGACAAACUACUGCAAUGCCAAUUCAGUCUGCAGUAGUCCCUGCAAACCAACAGACUCCCCAAACUCAAAUCCAAGCGCAAAAUGUUACGACGCACCCCCAUACUCAAACUCAUAUGCAAGUCCAAAUGCAGCAACAAAUACAGUCCCAAAUACAGCAACAAAUACAGUCCCAAAUACAGCAACAAAUGCAAACUCAAAUGCAACAACAAAUAGCAACUCAAACUCAAGCUUUAUUUCUGACUCAAACCCAGUCACAGCCUAUAACUCAGCCUGAUCCACAGGCUCUAGUGCAGCCCCAUCUGCAGACCACUCGCCAGAUUGCUUCUACUGCAGCAGCCAGGACCACCAUCGCCACUUCGGUCGACCCAGAGCUGGAAAAGGUAGAGGAGCGUUUGAGACAGCAACAGGAGCAGAUGCUGCAGAUGGAGCGAGAGCGUGUGGAGCUGGAGAAUCUUCGGCAGAUGCGCCUGCAUGAGGAACUGGAGCGAGACCGCAUGGAGCUCCAGAGGCACAGGGAGAAAGAACAAAUGCUGGUGCAGCGCGAGAUUCAGGAGCUGCAGACCAUCAAACAGCAUGUCCUGCAUCAGCAACAAUCAGAGAGGGAGACACAGCUGGUCAUGCAGAGGGAACAGCUAGCCCAGCAGAGGAUGCAACUGAACCAGAUCCAGUCGCUGCAGCAGCAGCUCCAGCAGCAGUUGGAGGAGCAGAAGAGGCAGAAGACAGCAGUAGUGGAGGCAUCGGCUGCAGCUGAGGCAGCCGCUGCAUCCGCAGCAGCAUCUGCUCUAGCCACUUCCACUCAAGGUGCCAUACAAGGGGUAGUAGUCGGAGGAAUAUCCCCUCAAGGUGCCAUACAAGGGGUAGUAGUCGGAGGAAUAUCCCCUCAAGGUGCCAUACAAGGGGUAGUAGUUGGAGGAGGAACCCCUCAAGGUGCCAUACAAGGGGUAGUAGUCGGAGGAGGAGGAACUCCUCAAGGUUUCAUCAUCUGUGACCAGAGUGGUAGGGUGAUUCAACAGGACGGCCAAAGUGUACAGUUCUGGCAACCCCACAUGGAAGGGCAGGUGGUCCAAGCAGUGAUGACCCCAAGGCCCAUACCAAGCUCUGCCUCUGAGAUGUCCUUGAGAAACAGUGAGAAUCAGUUGGGGUCCAGGAUCAUGAAGAAGCAAAACUCUAUGCCUCGUCUUAGGGAUGGAUCGGAGGAGGAGCUGGUGAGGAGGAUUGCGGAUAGCUGCGUGCAGACAGACGAUGAAGAGGGUGAGGACAGGUACAUGAACCGCAGGGGCAGGAGAACCAGGCGGAUCGCCGACUGCAGCGUUCAGACAGACGACGAGGAUCAGGCAGCUUGGGAGCAACCGGUUAGGCGCAGGAGAUCGCGCUUAUCCAAACAUUCAGACUCUAGCGGCGAGGUCAAAUCCGAUGGAACCGCCAAAGUGUCCUCUUCCAGCAUAGCCAUUCAGACCACCAACGACUCCUCAUGCCAGACUGAGGCCGACCAGUUGAGCAGGAUCUCACCUGCAAUCCACAUCACUGCGGCUGAGACAAAUAAGGUGGAGCUGCUUCACUACAUCUCUGCCCCAGAGAGGACCCAUAAGGGUGAGAGCUUGGCCUGUCAGACAGAACCGGAGGCCCAGUCUCAGGGGGUGGUGGCCCCUCAGCUCAGCGUCCUCACCACCAUCAGCCCAUAUUCCACCUCUAUGCAGAUGGUGGGCUCCACCCCAUCUCCUCCCCAAGGGGUGGCUAAGUUCGAAAGGAGGAAACCCGACCCUCUGGAAAUCAACUACCAAAGCCAGCAGCAGAACGAGUCCCCGUCUCGCCAGCCUCCCAAGUCUCCCCAGGUGCUGUACUCCCCUGUGUCCCCGCUGUCACCCCAUCGGAUGCUGGAAACCACCUUCGCCUCCCAGGAGAAGCUCAACAAGGCGCACGUCACGCCCCAGCAGAAAGCCUUCACUGCAGAGUCUCCUCAGCGUCACCAGAGCCUCCCCAGACCUAUCAAGAGUGUGCAGCGCUCCAUGUCGGACCCCAAACCCCUCAGCCCCACCUCAGAAGACCCUGCCAAGAACAGGUUCUCCCCUUACCAUCAACAGGCCCUCUCCAACAGUCAGAUGGCCACCCUGCAGCAGCAGCAGAACUCUCUGAUGAGAAAGGUGAAGAGGACCCUACCCAGCCCGCCUCCAGAGGAGAGCCCUCUCCCCAUCGUCACCCCAGCCAUGUCCUACAUGUACAGCAGCUCUCUGGGGAUGCAACCCCAGCGGGUGCUGCCCAGGCCUGCCCAGGGGGUCACCAAGGCCGGCCUGCUGAGCGAGCUGAAGGCCGUGGAGCAAGAGUCCACCAAGCUCCGCAAGCAGCAGCAGGAGCUAGAGGAGGAGGAGAAGGAGAUUGACGCCAAGCUGCGGUACCUGGAACUGGGCAUCCAUCAGCGCAAGGAGACCCUGGUGAAGGAGAGGGAGAGGAGGGAGCUGGCCUACAUGCGCUGCAUGGGCGACGCCCGCGACUACAUGUCAGACACCGAGCUCAAUAACCUGAGGAUGGUGGCGGCCACGGGAACGUUCGACAGUAAUGGUCUGCUGACGAGGCCCAGCACGGCGCCGCUGAGCCAGUUCCCCAACGACCUCGGCCCAGCCUCCCAGUACCCGCCCACCUCCUCCUACAUGGCCUAUCAGUACCCACAGAGCCAGCCCACGCCUACACAGCAGCCAACCGCUGCUUACCAACAGAUCGGUUUCCAGCCCCCUCAAUACCCUACAGCCUCCCAGCCCCAGCCAGGCACCUUCCAGCCCCACCCACCCCAAGGCUCAGGCUACCAGACCCAGCCAAUCUACCCAGCCCACGGGGGCUACGGCCAGCCUUCCUACCCGACAGACCUGGGCAUGCAGCAGCAUGGCCACCAGGGUUUCCAGCCUCCCAACCCCUCUAUCCUGGGCCAGAACCUCCCCUACCCAGGCCAGAGCCCAUAUUCUGGCCAGGGCAUGUCCUUCCAGCCGCAGGCUGAGAUCCUCACGGUCCACCAGAGGCCUCAUCAGACCUCCCUGGCCGACUUGGAACAGAAGUUGCCCACCAACUACGAGGUGAUCAGUAACCCUGCCGUGUCAGUGGCCACAUCAGCUCCAGACACCGGCUUUGGCUCAGUCUAUGCCUCCAACACCUACACCUCCAACAUGCCCAAUGCCUAUGGGAAGUACCGCCUCCCGGAGCCAGUCCUGACCCACGGUGUGGACAGCCCCACGCCGGCCUACGCUGCAGAUGGCCUCUACACCGCAAACCUGGAGCAGAACAUCCCCAGGAACUACGUCAUGAUCGACGACAUCAGCGAGCUGACCAAAGAGAACACAGGCUCGUCUGUUGACGUUCUGGGACAUCCUGUUGCAGGACGCUAUGGUGAGAAUGGCCCUGCGCGCCAAACUGGCUAUGGCAAUGAGCCUGUGGACCCGUACAUGUCUGCAGGCACCACAGGCUACCACCAGAAGGGCUCUGUGGAUCCCCGGACCAGCACCACUGUAGGCGGUGGGGGAUCUUCUUAUUACUAUGACGACUAUAAUAAACACCUCAGCACACCACGCCCAGGGGGCCCGGGGACCCAGAAACACCCAUUCAAGAACCUGGCUCCCGCCGUUGUCUCCUCCGGUAAGCGCAGCAAGCACAGAAAGCAGGGCAUGGAGCAGAAAAUCUCCAAGUUCUCCCCCAUUGAGGAGGCACGGGACGUGGAGUCCGACCUGGCCUCUUACACCAUGACCACCUCCACCGGCGGCAGUUGUACUGUGGUGUCUCGGUCUGGAGUGAAGAAGAGCGGCAACGACCAGCGGAAGUACUUUGGUGACCACCCGGGAAGCCGGGAAGCCCUGGAAGAGGAGGACCGGAUGUACGGCUCGGGGAGGUCCCGGUCUACUGGCUACGGCAUAGACAAGAUCUCCUCCAGGGACUCCUCCAGGAGCAAGUCCUACGAGAGGGAAGCCAUGGAGCGGUCUCAGAGAGGCGGUGCUGGACGGCCCGGACUGCGCAACCAUAACUCAGAGGAGGAGAGCCCCCUCAGCCCCGUGGGGAAGCCUGUGGGGGUCGGACGAGGUGGCACAGGGGUACCAGUGGACCCCCAUGACGUGAGGAACCAGUACGGCUCCAGCCACUCCCUGCCGGAUGUCCAGGACCACCACAUGAAGGACCUGCCCAGGAGCCACGUGUACAAGCCAGAUGACCCGUAUCUCGUAGACGAUCAGAACGCUGCUGUGUCGGACAGUGAAGCCUAUCAUCUGGGUCAGGAGGAGACGGACUGGUUUGAGAAGCCAAGGGAGGCUCGCUCCAACCGCUCCAGACACCAUGGGAGCGCAGGGCACAUCUCCACUGGUAGACAACAGACCGGCACCAACGUGAAGCACACCUACCAUGACUAUGAUGAGCCUCCCGAAGAGCAGGACCUGUGGCCUCAGGACGAGUACAACAACCAACCUCGCCACCCCUCGUCUACCUCAUCAUCCCGCGAACACCGUGGUCACCAUGCCAGCAGCUGCGGUAGCUCGGGGAGGCACUCCUCUUCCCGCCACUCCGGUGAGGAGCCUCGGACGUCCAGCCGCUCCUCCAGAACACACCCCAAAGACCAAUCCGCCCGCUCUGAGGGCCGUGGAUCCUCCUCCACCCAGAAGAGGGGAGGCUCGGAACCCCGCUCCUCCCGGGAUGGCUACCGGGACCGGGACUCUGGAGACCACUCCUCUCGUGACCCGGCCUCUGGCCACCACCGUGAGGGCACCAGUGGCAGGGGUCAGAAGCCGCCAGGCUCUUCCUCCAGGAGACAGGAAGGGGUUCCUUCUGCAGGGGCCAAGCAGGGUCUGGGGCAACAGCCCCAGGGGGGUCCAGGCGGGCAGCAGCAACAGCCCCAGGGGGGUCCAGGCGGGCAGCAGCAACAGCCCCAGGGGGGUCCAGGCGGGCAGCAGCAACAGCCCCAGGGGGUUCCAGGCGGGCAGCAGCAACAGCCCCUGUCAGGCAGACAGCCUGUGUCCCAGGGACCAGACGGGGGCAAACCAGCCCAGCAGCCUGGCCAGCAGCAGCAACGUACCCAGCAGCAGCAGCCUCCACAGCAGAGCCAUCCUUCCCAGACCAUAGCCGGGGGCCCUCAGGCCACUCCAGUCACUGCAGGGCCAGGACCCAUGGCAGGACCCAUGGUAGUACCAGGGCCGGCACAACAGCAGGCUAAAGCUGGCCAGACACCGGCACAAGGCCGGCAGCCAGCCGGACCUACCGCAGGCCAGCCAACAACCACAGCUGUGACUUCUGCCACACCUGCAGCAGCUAUUGGGGGGAUGAAACCUGCAGCAACGAUUGGGGGGGCAGCAGCAGCACAGCCACCCAAGACAGCUACACCACCCCUCACAGGCAUCGGCUCUAAAGCAACCCCCCCUGGAGGGAUAGGUAGCAGGCCUGUUGGGAUCGGCAGUGCAGCGGCAGGCCAGCCACCAGCGGAGGGCGUCAACGUUCUCACCAAUAUCCUGGGAGGGGCGGGAGGGGCAGCUGAACAGGCGGGGAAACUGGGAGACGCUAUUUCUGGCCUCGGGAAGAAGUUCACUUCAUUUUGGUGAACGGAUGAAAGGAGGGGUAUGAAGAGUUGCGAUGGAGGGGGAUUAGAGGCUUGGUACUAGAAAAAUCUAUGAAACUGUUUUCGGCAUUUUAUACAUUUCACUAUCACAACGAAGCGGAGAAGGAGGAGGAGGAGGGUACCUGAGUGCAUCAAUGCACCAACAGAAUGCCAACGAGAGCCUACCUCACAGCUCCUGUAGGAGAGUGAAUGAGACAGAGAGCGAAGAGAGAAUGAAGAUACAAUCCUGUCUGUCUCACCUCCCUGUUUGUCUCUCUGCUUACUGAGAGAAAUAACACCUGAUCCAGGAACAGAACAGGGAGCUGUCACACACCGUAGGCUUGGCUUCCGCAUCGCUCAGCUCAGAAGGACAACAACGGAGGAUGCUGCUUCUUCACCUGAAUCUCUGUCAUUUUGGAGAGCACACUGAGAUUCAUCAGAGUUCUCCCAUCACUCGCUGUGGUUCUAUGAUUCUAAGACAAGGCCAGAUAGGAGCCAUUGUAGAAGGAAAUGUCACAUCUGGUCAAAAGUAGUGCACUAUAUAGGGAAUAGGGUGGCAUUUGUAAUGCAGGCUCUGAGGAGUCCACAUCUGACCAGAAUCAUUCUUGACUCCACACUUUUGUGGUCAGAGGGCCUUAUAACAAUAUCACCAUUAUAAAACCGUGGAGGAGGGAGAUGGAUACACAGCUCAUAGGUUUUACUAGUACCAAAGAAACCUCUUUGCCAACUAUGACACUAACUACUACACUGGAGAAGGCAAGACAAACACACGGCGACAGACAAACAAACAAACAAACAAUGCCCUGGUUAUGAACCCCUUGAAUGCUUGGUUUGUAUGAUCUCUACAUUCCAGGGAACGAUGACCCUUUGAAUGUGUUUUUAUUUCUCCUCCACAUGUUGUGAUGAUAUGAUGUCUACAGAAUGCAACAUGUACAUGUGGACACUGGAAUGCACGCACAAUAAUAAUACAAAAAGAAACCCAUACCUUCUUAACACUUUUUCACCACUACGUCCAGAAGAGGGUUCACCAGACAAUACUAGACGAGUAGGAUAAAGAGAGGAGAAGCUACCAGUGUGCCCACCAAUAGAGUGUGAGAUCCACACAGGAGAGAGGACCAGAUGGAACGCAAGCAAGCGUGACCAUGGCUGUCUUUUAGCCACCGCAAAGCCAUCAUUUGUCAAUCCCAGAGCGAGCACUUCGGGAUUUUUUUUUAUAUAUAAAAAGUAUUUUCAUUUUGUUUCAUUUCUUAUAAUUUUUGCCUGAUAUUUUUCUGAAAAGAAGAGCCUUAUUCGGUAGAUAUUUUUUACUUGUAUAUGUUUUGAAACGUCCAUAUCAUAACUUUCUUAAUUUUGUUUUGCACAACUGUAUACUAUUGUAUGUACAUAAAUCCAUCGAGAACACUGAUAAUGUAAAUUAUUAAUUUGUGUUUUUAUUAAUUUAUAUUCAUGUGACUUCUGUUUUUAGGUUUUUGUUUGGUAAAUCUAUUUAUAUUUUAUGGUCUAUUGUUUUCUUAUUUAUUAUCUUACAUUUUAAUAAUUUGCUGGUUGAUUUUUAAAAGCAAUAGCAUGCAUACAAUUAUAUACAGCACAAGGGUGUUAAUGGUGUUUAAAUUCAUGGAUGGGAAUAACUGAAACAUGUUGAUAAACAUCAGCAAUAUGUCAGAGAGAGUUGCAUAAUUACACAUACACACCUAAAUCUCUAUGUUUACACUUACUCACACAGAGACAUACAUGCAAUCAGGCAAACACACACACAUGCAGGAGUGGCUGGAAGCAAUCAUCAUUUCAAAUGUUCUAUGCAAUGAUUCAUUUUGAAACUGGAACAGACAAAAAAACAAAGUUUAAUACCAUAAUGACCAAUGUUACUCACUAGAAUCCAACAACAUUGUGAACUGAAAGACAUCAAAAACAGUUAUGAACAUAUUUGUACUUAGCUAAUUAUAUUUAUGGAUCUGAAUAUUUAACUAUUGAAUCUAGACUUUUAUUUUUGUGGCAUGUUUUAUAGUACCCCAUUACUCCCCAUAUGGGGGGACUUGUUGCCAAAGGGUUGACUGUGUAGACUGUCAGUCAUGAAUGUCCACCAUCUUAUUGCUUGAAGCAUGAUUUGCUUGGCUUUGUCCGGCUGUUUGUAUGCUCUCAUUCAGUCCUGGUGUGUGUGGCUUGACCAGGGCCCCACUGUGCCAUGGCGUGUUCAGCUGUCCAGUCCGUGCUGCUAUACAAACCUGUGAUGCGGUUGGUCAGAAAUUCUCAUUGUAAAAUGUCAGUCAGUGUGCACAUCGGCUGUUAGUGGUUAACCUGAAGGGUGGAGGAUUCAUUUCAGGUAUCUGAUUGGUUGACCAGACUGUCCAACAAAUAGAAUGGUUCCUUAUGUCUCACUGCAUUAGGAAUGGCAUCAUGUAGUAAUAGAUGAUGAGGGAAACAACUUGACAUGCUUUGAAGCCACUAAAAGUUGCAUACAAAGAUAUCAAGGUAUCGUUAGUAGUUGGAGGAACAAAUGUUGGAAUCCUAACAUCCACUUAGUCAUGCAUUGUAUUUUAAGUUGAAGUUAGGAUUCGCCCUUAAAUGAACAGUCUAGAACUCGUCGCAAACUUUAGAACUCAAUCAGUGGAACACUGAACCUUCCAUAUCCAAGGCUAGUCUAGAGGGAAUCUAGAGGAUACCACAGUACUGUCAAUCAGGUCAGAGAAACUCAACAUUCUGCUGAGCCCAAGUCAAUCAUUCAUCCAACCAGGGCAUGUUAUAAUUAAAGCACAAGCCUUACUGGUAUGUAAAGACAGAAAUAUGACACCAAUAGGAUAUGUGUUAUUGAUUUCAAGGAGAGCUAAAACAAAUGUGUUAUCUCACGGUAAUAAUAUAAAUGAGAGUCUGCAGGGUGGAUCCAAAGAGGGACCUUGGUAUAGAUAGCUGCAUGCUCACCAUCUUUAUGGAGACUUUGUGGUCGAUAACAGAAGCAUGAGACCAGACAGCCUUCAUUGACUGUAGCCAUCCAAAUGGACAGACAGACAGACACACAAACACACAUUCUCACUGUAAAUACAGAUGGAUUCUUCUGUACAGCAUUUGAGUUCAUAGUACGGUCAUCUUGUGCAUUCCCACACCGUACUUGCUGCCAACUUUUGUGCUUUUGUGUAUAAAAUAAUAUUGAUUAUGAUUAAAUAUCAUGAUUAUGAAUAUAAUGAUGAAAUAAGCAUAGUGUACCUGGCUGGCUCGUAUUGACUGUUGGCAACAUUGGAAUAAACUUGUAUUCAGAUACAUAUUUGGUCUGUGUAGAGUUUCUAUACAUAUUGUGUUUGUAAAACAAGGAGAAAUACCUCCAUGGUAAAAGUUUAUCCAGGCAUUCUAUUGUCAUUCUAUCGGGAGGUUUCAAAGUUGAUGAGAAAUUAUCAGUUUUUUAAAAAGAGAUUGAAAGAAGAGGUAAAAGCUAAUUGAAAAUGCAACAAAAAAAAUCCAGAAAAAGUCUAACUCAAGUCAUUCACUGUUGUAAGUGCAAUGGGCGAAACGUCAGUUGUGUAUCCAUCGUGAAACCUUGUGUUCUAUUCAGUGUAUUCCUGUAAACAGAUAGAGUAACAUUUUGGUGCAUCAUGUCAUGUAAUGUGAUUAAUGAAAAUAUUGACCCUGCAAUUUCUUUCCAAUCAGGAAAAUAAUAAAGAGAAAAUCAAAAAUC